GAACUAUGUCAUUCAUUUUUGUGUCUCUAGGGCUUAGCUGGGCAAACAGCUGGGACUCACAACAGUUUGCUAGGUGAAUGAAUGAAAGAAUCAGUUCACCUCUCUUCAGUGCUAUACAACAGAACAAAUAUCUAGCUCAGAUACUGGCUGAAAGACCACAGGCUUCUACCUAGAGGACUCAGCUCUCAUAAUUCCUGAGACACCCUGGACAUGCCAGGGUAUAUUAUGGAGUGUGAUGGCAUCUAGAAGAGGGGGAGGAAGGCCCAACACUGUGGGUAAUCCAGACUUGGGCUGGAAAACAAGGUUGAAGUUACUCAUUAGCAGGUGAAAGGGUCAAGGGUCAAGGCAAGGGGGCUGGAAGCAGAGUGGACUGAAUAACUAGCAGGGGGAGAGAGAGCAGUUAAGGCACGGGCCACUUCACGAAGAGCACCAGCUCCCUCCUGCCUGAAGAUGUUCCACCAAAUAUGGGCAGCUCUGCUCUACCUCUGUGGUAUUCUCCUUAACUCCAUCUACCAGUGCCCUGAGUACAGUCGACUGACAACUCAGGGAGUGGAUGGGAAAGAGUUCCCAGAACCACACCUGGGCAGGUGGUACUUUAUCGCAGGGGCAGCUCCCACCAAGGAGGAGUUGGUGACUUUUGACGCUGUGGACAACAUUGUCUUCAACAUGGCUACAGGCUCUGCCCCCAUGAAGCUCCAGCUUCGCGCUACCAUCCGCAUGAAAAAUGGACUCUGUGUGCCCCGGAAAUGGAUCUACCACCUGACUGAGGAGAGCACAGAUCUUAGAACUGAAGGCCGCCCUGACAUGAAGACCAAGCUCUUCUCCAGCUCAUGCCCUGGUGGAAUCAUGCUGAAAGAGUCGGGCCAGGGUUACCAGCGCUUCCUCCUCUACAAUCGCUCACCACACCCUCCUGAGAAGUGUGUGAAGGAAUUCCAGUCCCUGACCUCCUGCCUGGACUUCAAGGCCUUCUUAGAGACUCCCAGGAAUCAAGAGGCCUGCGAGCUGUCCAGUAACUGACCUGUGGCUUCAUCUGUGCCCCAGAUGGAUAUGAUGGGAGCUGCAAUUGUGCUGUGGGGAGGAGAAGCUGGAGACUCCCAGCUCCCUUUCAAGAGUAAUAAAGAUGAUUUUUCAAUCCUCA